GGAACCCGGAACGGCGGAGGUGGUCUCUAUCCGUGUCCCGUGCCUCUUCCCCGUUCGCCUCCCAGUCGCUUUCGCCACACGGACCGGCUAGGUCGUUCAGUCUCCCGUCGAAGAAGUGAAUGAUCUUCCAGUUGUGACGGCUUCUUCCAAGCCUAGAUCCCGCCGAUACCCAAAAACCAGCCCCCUCGCACUUUUCUCUGCACGCGACGUGACGUUUCCCGUCUAUUCGAGAGAAAAGGAGGUUUUAACGAGUUUAUAAACCACCCGGAAGGUUUUAUUUUCGUUUUUUAGCCUUUUUUUUUUCAUUUUAUUUUACUACUAAAGGGGGAUUAGUAUAGGGAUUUAAUAAUAGUCGUAACGUUGACACAAAAGCCCGCGGCAGGAAGGAAAAACAAGAUAACGACACCCAGUUCUGUGCUAGCCUAAUAUGCCAAAAUGGAUUUCAAGAACGUGGUCUACAAUGCAGCCAGGGAUGGAAAACUCAGGAGACUUAAGGUUUUCCUGGAUCAUCGAACUUCAGAUGAAGUGCUCAAGUUAAUUGCUACCAAGACAAAUGGAGCUACUCCUCUAGUCAUGGCUUGUAGGAACGGGCAUUACGAUGUAGUCGAGUAUUUAGUCGAUGUAUGUUGUGCAGAUUUGGAACAACCUGGUUCAGUGGUUUUUGAUGGAGAAACGAUUGAGGGAGCUCCACCGCUAUGGUGUGCAGCUGCAGCCGGUCAUUAUGCAGUUGUUAAUUUCUUGGUGAAACGAGGUGCAUAUGUCAACUCCACAACAAAAACAAACUCGACGCCGCUUCGAGCCGCUUGUUUUGAUGGACACUUUGCUAUAGUCAAAUUUCUUGUUGAAAAGGGUGCAGAUAUUGAAGUUUCUAAUAGACAUGGUCAUACUUGCCUUAUGAUAGCUUGCUACAAGGGACAUUAUCAAAUUGCUCAUUAUCUCCUUGGACUUGGGGCAAACGUUAACAGAAAAUCUGUUAAAGGUAAUACAGCUCUCCAUGACUGUGCUGAAAGCGGCUCGCUCAACAUACUCAAAAUGUUAGUUGAUCAUGGAGCGAAAAUGGAUGUAGAUUCAUAUGGAAUGACUCCAUUAUUAGCUGCAAGUGUUACCGGACAUGGUCACAUCGUUGAGUACCUGAUUCAACUUCCUGAAAUCGUUUCUAGACAGGAAAGCAUCGAUGCACUAGAGCUUCUAGGUGCUACUUAUGUUGAUAAAAGAAGAGAUAUGAUCGGAGCUCUUGAUCUUUGGAAACGAGCAAUGGCUAUCAGAUAUGCCCCUGAUUUACCACCUUUACCUAAACCAGUUCAAGCAGUUACAGUCGAAGCAUAUGAACACUCGAGAGAAAUGAGGACUGCUGAAGAAUUGGAUAACUUAUUAGCUGAUCCUGAUGAAAUGCGAAUGCAAGCUCUUCUUAUUAGAGAAAGGAUUUUAGGCCCUGCUCAUCCCGAUACAAGUUAUUACGUCAGGUACCGAGGAGCAGUAUAUGCUGAUGCAGGAAAAUUUUCACGUUGUAUAUCACUCUGGUCAUACGCACUUGAUAUGCAACAAGCAAUGUUAGAACCUCUGAACCCGAUGACCCAGUCUUCACUGUUCUCUUUUACGGAAUUGUUUUCAUUUAUGAUGGGAGAAGAGGGAAGAUCGAGCGGACGUGGAAGGAGAGUACCAGUGGUAUCGUUUGACGACAUGAUACAAGUUUUGGAAAAAGCCGUUAAAGAAGUCAGAGCCGGUCUAGGAUUAUCUCCAACACCAGUACCUACAAAUUGUUAUAGCAAUUUAGAUCCGUUGGGUGCUGGUAACAACAAGCAGUCUGAAUCCAAUUACCUUCACAGGGUGAUGGUUAUCGCCUUGCACCUAGCUUGUCUUACAAUCAAAUCACUCAGCAGUACACCCAGCAACAGUGAAAAUUGGCAUAAGGCUCAUUCAAUAUUAUACCAGUUUGUAAGUCUCAACCCAAGGGGACGAGGAGGACAGACUCCGUUACACCUUGCAUGUAGUGAAGAUGCUGGUCUUGUUGGAAGAUAUCCUGCAUGCAGAUUCCCUUCUGUAGCACUUGUUGAAUCUCUUCUGAAAGUUGGAGCAGAUCCGAAUGCCCUGGAUGACAAUGGGUCUACACCGUUACACAUUGUUGGUAAAGCUGAUCCUCUACCAUCACAAAAAUUAGUCAAAUCCUUAUUAGACCACGGUGCCCAUUUUGAUGCCAUUGACAGUUUUGGAAAGAAUUUUAGUCAUCUCCUUCACCCUGAAGUACCUCUAUGUAAAAUUGUCAAUCCUCUAAGGCAUACAACGCUCGCAUGCCUUGCGGCUCAAGCGAUCAGGCUAUACAGGGUUCCUUUUGCAGGCCAAAUCCCAAGGCAUCUAGAGCCGUUUGUGCUCCAGCACUGAUUCUUCCUCCCUUCAUCAUGUACAGUCACCCUACCCUCGAUUUGUCCUCUCCCUUUAUAUUUAUAUGAAUCGUCAUAUAAUUUUUGUUUUACCUCACUCGCGGCGUCUGACCUUGGAAGAAAAGAAAGAAAGAAACUGAAACAGCCCCAGGAAAAUCUCUGUGACACACUUGUUCCCUUUUGUUGUCAUUGCUUAUGAUUUGCAUUUUUCUUGUUUUUGGGAAAAGAAGAUGAUCUAUAACCAUAGAAAAUAAAACGAAGAAACCCUUGAUGUGAUUUUUUUUUAACAUAUUUUAUUUUUUCCUUUGUGAAAAAAGUUUUGUGUUGGCUUAUUACAUUUAUUUGUGAUCUAUACUAAUAUUUUGAUGUAAUAUGCAAUGUUGGUAAAUGGAUUUUUUUCUUUCUUUUUUUAUUUUGUCAGUAGGUGUUUAAGAGGAGGGAAGAAUGAAAAUUUUAAAACUUGUGAUACAUUUUCUCUAUUUUUGUGGUGAUUUUUUACUUAUUAUUAAAGAGAAGAGCUAUUUUUCUUUUUUCUUGUUUUUUUUUUCAAAAUAUAUGUUUAUCGUGUGAUAUUAAGAUUCAAUUCGCCUGUAGCAAAGUUUAAGCUGUCAGAAUAUUUCAAGCUUAGUUUUAUCAAUAUUUCAACUUGUGAAUUGAUUUUUUUAUCCUUCUUUCCUUAAUGGUGUUUAGUUUUGUAAACUAGUCAUUUUAAGGAAGUAUGGAUUGUUUGUUUUUCAUAUAGCAAACAAAUGUUCAAAUUUAAAAUAUUAUUGGAUAAUAAUUAAGCGUAUCCAUGAUACAAACAGCUAGAACAUUGUGAUUGAUGCCUUUAAUAACACAAAUAUUGUAACAACCAAAAAGAAAAAAAGCUUCUUCUUAUAAUAAAAUAAUUUUGUAUAUUUUAAUGUAGUAUGAAUAUUAAAUAAUUAAAUUAAAUGAGAUUUUAUGUGUCACUUUGAAAUUAAAACAAUUAAAAUAGUUUGGCUAGAUUGUGUGACAUAUUAAACAAGGAAAAAAUUAUAUUUUAUUAAAAAAUAUUUUUUUUAAAUAUUCAGAUUGUUUGAUGUCACAUAGGAUUUUUCAGUGAUGUUCACGUCAUUCUGAAUGAAGGAACUGUCAUUGAUUAAUAACAAUAUUAAAAAAA